AUGGUGCAACAACUGAGCGAUGAGGUCUUCGAACAAGGUAGCAUCCGGUAUCUCUAUGUAUACCCUCGACAGCAUAAUAUCAUCCUGGGCAAAUGCCAGGAGGAUUUGGUACCUUUGGUCAUGGCUGAACCUCCCUAUCUUCUUGAAGGCCGUACCCAAGGGAGCCCAAUCUAUGUGUCAGUGCCAGUCUCGGCUGUCGCAGUCAGACUCGUCUAUGAAGACCAGCUGAAGAGAACUACUAAGCAGAGAGCUUAUACAGAAAUCAGUCAUUUCAUCUCUGUACAUAUCAGGCUCCAAGCUAGCUUAGCUAGUAAUACUUCCACCAUGGAUGGUGUUCGACACAGCUCGGCUUCGACCGACGUCCGUCUUGGAGGCCGUGGUCCUUCCGAAAUAUCGAAAUAUGUUGCGUAUUCUGCGUAUGUCGCUUUCGCUGCACCCCAUUUUGCGAGCUAUGGCCCUUGUUUUGAUCGGUCAACAAUCAUGGCUUCAACCACAGCAUACUGGGAUGCCGACAGAUGCGGCGCUAUGACUUCGUGGCCGCCAAUGAUCGAUUUCGUUACGGAUUACUUCCCCUUCGUGUUCCAUAUCGUCACAAUGCAGGAUGACAUGACAGGCUCACGUCCCUGUGUGCCUCCGCUAAACCACAAGACCACAAGCGCCGAAGCUGCUCCUGUUGUGGCUUGGGAAGUCCAGGCACCCUUGCAGAUAGCCACGUGGGUUUCGCUUGAAGAACCUGAAGGCGACGAAGUCGGUGGGUCAUCUUGCCGAAGUGAGGUCCUCUUCUCCAGCGGUCACCAUACUAGAAGGCAGUCGCUCGCCGUCAUCGUCAGCUUGGAGAUUGACAACCGCUCCGACCUCGCGUCUUCUGUUUGCACCAUCGCGCUGAAGUUCUACAGCUCGGUCAGCGAUGACUAA